CGCCAGUUCAAAUACGCAGCUUGGGGCGAGCGGUACUAGUGCGCGCAACUGCAACAGAAAGUUACUAAGCAAUACUAACAAAACAAAAGCCACAGCAGCCGUUGUCAACUGUCGCGUUCUACAGAGAGAGUGUUGUGCAAAUAAAAAAAAAAAAUUACAAAAAUUAAUUAACAAAUAAACAACAAAAAAACAGCGUGUGUAUAAGCAACGCCAUAAAAUUCUUAAAAUAAAUUGUUAAACAAUAAUUGAUUGUGUUGCCUGCAUUGCAUUGCUUUAAAUAUUGCGCAUACGCCGCAUUGCACAGCGAAAUAACCUACGGCCACAGCCACAAAUCUUCUAAGCACCCACACAAAACAGAAUUGAAAAAUGAUUUCGCGCCGCAAGAUUAUAUCGCGUUCUUUGGACAAUUUGGAUGCCAUUGGGCAAGAUGAGCAGGAAGAGGAUGUCUGGCAUGAUCGCGAAAAACUAUUUCGCGAUCACAUUAAUGAAGUGUUGGCCAAGUGGGAGCAAAUCGAUGAUGAGAUCUGGGCCAAGAUUAUUGUUUUUGAAAAGAAUCGGCGCGUGGCCAAGGCCUAUGCACGCUCCUCUGUGAUAACUAUAAAUGGCUCCAAGCAUGGCUUCGAUGGUGUGCGCAUUGGCCUCAAUGGCUUUGAGAAUCCCAUGCGUGAUGCCGAAACCAAGGUCAUUAAAAAGUCCAUAGGCGAUGGCUUCAAGAUCAAAAUGGACGAUACUGGCAACAUCUAUAUCAAGCGUUAUGGCAAGAGCAGCAUUUUUGUAAACAACACCUCGCUGGCCAAUGAGGAGACUGUCAUAGGUGCCGACAUUAUGCAAAUGCCACAGAUGGGACUCAGCGCAGGCACCUCUGCCAAGCUCUUUGAUAUGAAGAAGUUCCAGACUAAUAUCAAUCGCGAAUUCGCACGCAGUUAUCCAGAGCGCAGUCGCUUGGAGCGCCAGUGCUUGUCGGCAGUGUCGCUGGUCAAGUCAAGCAAUAGUCUAAUUAGCACGCCAGUCUGGAUUAUGGUUGUCAAUGUGGUGGCCAUGGAUAUGCUGAAGAAUCACAUGCAGUCAUUGCCCAAGUCGAUGGAUGCGUUGGGUAUGCGUGUGCCGCUUACACAGGCCACUGAGGAUCCUUACUCCACUAUUGAGAGUCAAGUGGGUUUGAUUUAUCCCACGCCAGCUGCCUCAGAUGAUUCGCAAAACUCAAGCAGCUCCAGCAGCAAGGGACGACGCAGCAUAUUUAGCGCUGGUUUCAUCAACGAAACCCCCUAUAUGCCCAAGCCGGACUAUGAAGUUGCAUCCAUGCCGCCUGUCUAUGCGGAAAAGAAGCGUCAGAAGAGCACACAGGAGCGCAAAAAGCAAGAUGAUCCCUACUACUGCGGUCUGCUGGCACGCAUACCCAACUUUAUCAAGUCAUCCAAGCAACCAUGCGCCAGUAAGCCCAAAAAGGAGCCCAAGAUCUCGCGCAAAAUAUCCGCGCAGCAUCAUAAUCAAUUCCUUUUGGCCGCACAGCAGCAGCAGCAACAACAGCAUAUGGCGACACCCAUACCUAUUGCCACCUUUCAUCAUUCGUACUUUCCCUACAAGCUCUAUCCUCCACAGCAUCGACUCUCCCAAUCGCAGAUGUCGCUCUGGGAUGCGCGCAGUCUAAUCAGCGCACAUGAAUGAGUUGCAGCCUGUGGAACUAAUUUAUUCAUUGCCUUAGCAUUAGCUUACAAUUAUUUAGUCAAAGGCUUCGUUUUAAAAUUUGUUUUGUCAUUUGGAGUGCAUUUCGCCCAGUUUUGUGAUAAAUUAUGCGAAAUGCAGCCAUGCGUAGCAGCAUACAUACAAUAAUACUAAUUAAUUACUAAUUAAUCAAAGUUACUGGAGAUGAGAUUUAAUAAUUAUGCAAUUUGUAAUAAUUAAUUAAAAUUUUGCCAUAGUUUUUAAAUCGUUUAAGACUGAGAACGUCCUAGAGUCAACUUGUGCACAAUUAUAAGCAAAUAAAAAAGCAAACAAGAUAAACAGAUUAAUGCAAUUAAGUGAGCGCAUUUUGAUAGCAGUGAAGUAUAAGGAUUGUCAUAAGCAAAUUGUUUGCUAUAUUAGGCAGGUUACAUUUAUUGUUAUAUAUAUAUGUAUAUCC